CAGGGGUUGCGAGGGAAGCGCUUCCGGGGCAGCGGCGCGGAGGUGCGGAGAAGUUGGCUCUGGAGAGUGGUGAGUCAGAAGAGAUCUCAGACAGUGGGCAGCUUGGGCCAUGGCCUCCAACCUGGACUUCUCACCUCCUGAGGUGCCUGAGCCCACUUUCCUGGAGAACCUGCUACGGUAUGGACUCUUCCUGGGGGCCAUCUUCCAGCUCAUCUGUGUGCUGGCCAUCAUCAUACCCAUUCCGAAGUCCCAUGAGGCGGAGGCAGAACCAUCAGAGCCCAGAAGUGCGGAGGUGAUGAGGAAGCCCAAGGCUACUGUUCCUUCCAUGAACAAGAGGCCCAAGAAGGAGACCAAGAAGAAGCGGUAGAGGAGGAGGCCUGAGGAGCCUUGCAGGCGGGACCAGGCCUUGGGGCAGCCCUCCCGGGAAUCAACAUCCUGUUCCCCUUGUCCAUCCCAGGCUCGGGGGCUGAGGGUGGCUGCAAUGCCCUCUGACCAGAGAUCUGGACAGUUGUGACAGUCCCCAGGCUCCAGCUGGGCAGAUCACCACUUCCUCUUCCUUCUGCUUCGGUGACAGUUUACAGUCAGGGGGCCUGCAACACCCUGUGAGCAAAGACUAUAUUAGGCUUGUUCAGAAGUUGGGUCAGCUCACAGAGUUACAUUUUCUUUCUCAAAAAUUCUUUUUAAUUUUAACAUUUACUUGUACAUAUUUGAGGGGUACAGUGUAUUGUUUCAAUGCAUGCAUGUACUACACAAUGAUUCAGUUAGGGUAGGGAGCAUGGUUUUGUACCCGUUACUCCAUCACUACUCCUCUCCCCCACCCCCCUCCCCUCCUGGCCUCUGGUAACCAUUAUUCUACUCUCUACUUGGAUGAAAAACACUUUUUUUAUUUUUUAGAUUCCACACACAAGUGAGAUCAUAGAGUUACAUUUUCUUACUUAAUUACCAUGUCCAGCCUUUAGUCCUCCACCUUGUGGAUUUACACUACAUUUUGGAGUCAUUAUCUAAUGCUGACAAGCACACCCUCUCCCAUUAUUUGUGUACCACAGCUCUCCUGCUAAUCAGUCUACCUUUGUCCCUGCUUGUGUGGAUGGAGCCAGGCCUCGCCUAUUUGUUUAAGUCAGGGCACCAUGGCUGUGCAAUGUUAAUGAUCCCGUUAGCUGCGACAGCCGGGUCUGAAACAUGUCUGGUGUGAGAGCCAGCAGAAGGCCCAGGCCAGGGUAAUGCCUGGUUCUCCUUCAGCAGGUGGAAGGAAUUUGGCUGAAUGAGUGUCCAUUCUUUGGGCACAAACUUUCUGAGCCUCUGAAAUGAGAAGCUUGUCAAUUUCAGAACAACCUCUUUUCAACCCAGCAUAGCACAUUCAGGAUGUGCCUUUUUACCUCCAGCUGUAUGUCCCCUUUACUGCUCCCCUGCCCCAAUUCUUUCAUUUCCCAACUAGUGAGGAAAAGUUAUUGGGGGAAUUAAAGAUCAUUAAACUGUGCCCAUGUUGAA